AUUGCCUCCACUGUUGCCGCUGCAUGGAAUUUUCAAUCCUCAGCCCUCCAAGUCUUUGAUCGUUGGGAUAUGUGCCAAUCGGACCAUGCAUGACAGGUUGCCGAAUGCCAUGAUCAACUCAAAGACGAGUUCCGAUUCGCCGUCGCCCUCAUUCUUCAAGAGAACGCAGCCUCCUUGCUGCAGGGUUACCUGUCUUUCUGACAUCACUCCAAGGUGUUCCAAUGGCAUCCAAUCUCAUUGGAGCGUUUGCUGCUUCCAUCUACACUCAGAUGGAAUCUCCUCCCCGCUGAAUAUCACUUCCCCUUAACCCCUCAUGGCUCUCAUUCCCUGAGGUUUCAAUCUCUAUAGAUUAUGUCCUAUUUUCCUUGCAGUGCCUUGUUUCCUUCAUUUAUGUGCGUGCAAGAUUACACUCACUUUUCUGGUGCAGGUCGAUCGACGUAUAGGGCCGCACCAAUAUCAGACCUUGUUAACCUCCUUCCCUUGUCCGAAUCCAUGGCGUAGCUCAAGAUCGAUUGUCACCCCGCCUCUGUGACCCUAUCGGACAGCUACGCUCCGGGUACAAUACACAGUAGAUGGGCGACGGCCUGCACCCGCAAAAGAAGGCCGCAGCAGGAUGCGCCUCUUAAUUCAAAUUCUCAUAUUGAGUAAUUUGUUGAGAUACCCCAAUAUAGUCGCUGGUGCUGCGCUUGUACCGAGGGCCGGGCAACAAAUUGUGCAGGAUAUCGUUCCUCCAUGUUCGCUAUCGUGUUUGAAAGAUUUUAUAUCGCAUAAUUAUCCAACGUCAAUUUGCUCCGACACGAAGAGCCUAGGUUGUUUGUGCACUCAAAAAUCGCGUACAGGCUACGCAUUUGGGGAAGCAGCUUUGCAAUGCGUCCUGGCAUCUUGUCCCUCUCCAAAGGAUAAAGAAUUCGGAGUCUAUAAUGUAUGCCGGGAUGUGUUCGCUGCCGUUCCUAACACCCAUACAGCUAUUAUUGCCACACUUGCGCCCAGUCAUACCGUCCCACACUCGUCACAUAUCGGAUCCACGGAAACAUCGAAAAUAACCAUGUCAAUUAUCUCAUCAACGAAGGAUAUUGCUCAUGGAAAGACCAGGACGAAUAUCACACCUACAGCAUUGGCUACUUCUACCAGAAAAUCGACCUCAACACCGGGCGCGAGUCAUGAAAGUAAAAUAAACGCAGAUGCUUCGAUGUCUUUCACUCUUAGUUCUUCCAUGCCAGCGCAGACGACAGUGGCAAUUACCUCCGGUUCUCUCCCCCGAAAUCAAAUUAUUGGCAUUUCCGUUGGAGUGGGGGCAGCGUGCUUAUUUGGGAUAGGACUGCUAGCAUUCUUCGUCUUAUGUCGGCGCAGAUGUUUCCAACGUCGGAAAAAUGAGCUGUUCGAAAUUGGUGGAACAAUGUCAGAACCAUCGCCGAGGCGAUUUCGUAAAAGCUUGCCACGAAUUCCCAGUACCCCUGUCGGCGCUUAUAACCGAUCGACCUUUGAGCCACUGACCUCCAUUCCUGGCCUAAGGCUUCAUUCUGGCUACCAAAGCAGUGACUUUGGUCCGGGUAAAAGGCCUUAUACCCCUUCUGAGCUGGCAGAGACGGAUGACAUAGAGCUCGAAAGCCCUUCUUCGAUGCGAACAGUGUCACGCCUGCUUCCAGAUAAGCCCGAUCUCGAAACUGUUGUUCAUCAGCAUCCUAUAACUGAAAAGUUAGCGUCUGCUCGACCAUCAAGUGCAGUCACUAUAUUCGAGGAAGACGCUGAUUACCGCAGAUCAAAUCCACCUGAAAAGCAUUUGGAUAUGUUUAAAUCAGACUGUGAUUUGCGUACAGAAGGUGGACUAUGGAGCGGUUUUCCGGGGAACAACUCUUUUUUGUCACCGGAAGUCAGAACUCACCCAAAUACGGUCAAAUUUACAAAUCCAUUCGCGGGACUCUUGCAAACUCCUGUGGGCGGGACAGCGUCACCUCAGAUACCCAGACAAGGCUCAGUUGUAGAGUUAUCAUCUUUACACUCCAGCUCUCGCCCACAACUUAGCGGGCAUGUGAACUCCCGCAAAACUGAUUCACACAUAUUUCGCAUGCGUCAUUCGGUCGCGUCAUCGACUACUAGCUUUGAGACGACUGCGUCGGAUGAAGAGGGAAUGAAUACCAGAUCAAGCCGCGCCACGACAAGGCUAAGCCCCGUGGAAGAAUCUGAUUCCAAGUUCUCUCCGUCCAAGUAUUUGCAGGUGCCUCCUGCGGCUCAUUAUUCACACUCCGUCCGUGGAAGAAACCAAUGGAAUCCAAGGCCUUUGAGAAAUGGGGAUAGUCAUAAUAACCCUCGGCGACAGCCUAGCUCUAACGAAGGAAACCACACUCUGGAACCGGGCCCGUACCGCCCUCGUACGCAACCCGCAUCUUAUAAAGAUUUUGGCUGUAAAGCAGAGUCUAGCGCAGAGAGCGCAGGAAAUCUUUCGCCGCCAGUUAACGCUCAUAUGUGCGCUAACCUAUAUAUACGACCUUCACGGAGACCUGAACAAGGGUUCGCAGAGUUCAAUAGUGGGUACGAACCUGAGGGUCGAGCCAGCCCCUGGGAGCGAAAACUCGACCCGCCACGAAGGGGACCGAGGCUGGUUUGAGGACCGAUUGAUGCUUAUUUCCGAUAUUUAAUGAUCGAUUAAUGCCAAGAUGGUUUCUUUCUUCAUGGAGGUAUGUUUUAUUAUCAUAGCGGAGUUGCAUAGAUAUCCCCCUUUGGAAAGCCUUAUGGUAUCCAGAUCUUCUUAUAUAUGAUGUACAAAGUAUGCACAGGACAUAUACUUUUGUUGUUUUGUUUCAAAGCUGGAUGCUAGCCAAAACCCCAGAGGUUCUGAAAGCGCAUAUUCAUGCUUUGGUUUCUUCUUUCCUUCGUUCUAGCUUCGUUUUCCAGUUCCUUAUUUUCUCGUCGGCUAUCUGCCUCGCUUCAUUUCUUUGGGCAUUUGACCUCACUUCAAUAACUGCCCUGGUGGCAGCCCUUUAGCGUCACGUGCUUUGACAUUUAGCAAAG